AUGUCUGAUCCCGAUGAAGUUUAUGAUACCACCGGCCCAAGGGGAGGUGCUGAUGGUGAUGAUAAUGAUGAUAGCAGUUUUGGCGGCAAGUGGCGUGCCUUCGCUGAUAUCGGCCCAGCCCUAACAGACCAUUCGGAUGCUUCAGAGGGUCGUCCAUGGGCUGAGGCUAGGGUCAGGGUUGGGCAGCAGAGUCGAGAGGGCUCCAUGUCAGCCGCGGACGCCCUGGACCAGGAGCUGGGUGAACUGCUUAACGAGAUCUCGGAGCCUGUUGGGCAUGGUCCUCCUACUGUGGUAACGUAUAACACUGCACUGCCCAACCUGGCACUGCAGCGGGUGGAACCGGAGUGCUCCUAUGAGGACAUGGCCGAGGCAGCGGCACUGUAUGUCCAGCAGUUGACGAGGCGUUCUAUGGCUGAAACGACUGGGGAGGCGACUGCUGGGUAUUUCCCCACGGAGUAUGUUGACGAAUACGCGGAAGAAAAAGAGGUACAAGGGGUCACCUAUGUUGAAGUCGGGGGUGAUGGUGGGGAGGCGCAGGAGGUUCUCAUAGAGGCCGAUGAUGCUGAGGAGAGGUUGGGACAGGACUUGGCUGGGCUGGGUGGUACUCUCGAGGCUGUGUCCGAGACAGAUGAGUGGCUGGAGGCUACUGUGGAAGGGGGAGAAGGAGGAGGUCAUGGUGAGUUCGAGGAUGCCUGGGAGUUGGCCGAUGAUGAGGCGACAGCAAUGGAUGAGACCACUGGAUCAGAGGAAAGCCAUUCUGAGGGGGGAUCGAUUCAUAAGGUGGAGGAGGCGAGCGGAGCCAAGGGUGGAGCGUUGCGAGGCGUCGUGGUGGGGAAUGACCGGUCUGGUGUGGGAGAAGACAAGGACGACUUGGAGGCUAAUGAGGAGAUGGCUAAGGCUGGGGAGGAGGUCAUCGCAGAGGAUGAUAUUGAUGUUAUGAUGAUAUGGGAGGCGGUGGAGGCUGAGAGCAAGCGACGAAUUGAGGCGGAUAGCACGGCACCUCUCGCAGAGGUAGUACCAGUUGUGGAUAUCACGGCGAAGGAUGCCUUUGAGUGGGUUAGGGCUAAUGAGGGGUCUAUAGUCACAUCAGAGGCUCUGUCUGAAGUCGUGGAUGGCUACAUGCCCUCUCUACCAGCGGCUGGGCACCGGUCUCUGGCAGCUAGUCUCACGUGCUGUACUACGGCUGGUAUGGCCCUGCAGGGCCAGACUGUGGGCAACCCUGCAGUGGGUAUAGGGAGGGACCUGGCUAGGGAGAAGGAACUGCUACUGUGCCUGACUCGUGUUCAUUACGAUCCUCAUGAUAAUGGUAUGCAUAGGAGUAUCAUACAGAGUGUCUGGCGUAAACUGACUGGGUCGGAACAGGACUGUGAGGAUGUGGGGGAGCACUGGACCGUUAUAGGCUUCCAGGGCACCAACCCGGCCACUGACCUCAACCGCUUCGGUGGAAUCCUAAAUGUCAUCCAUAUGCUCUAUCUCUGCUGCACCUUCCCUACUCUCAGCAUUGCCAUGUAUGAAGCCUCACUGAAGGCUGCUAGUGACUUUCCUUUCGCCUGUGCUUCGAUCAAGUACACGAAGUUGGCCAUGGACGUAUUCAGAUUGGGGAGACUCAGUCGUCGAUGUAAUGAGGAAGGGAUGGUUAUGGAAGUGGUCGCUCACUUCUAUGCGGCUUGCUUUUGGCUGCACUGUCGGCUGUGGGUGGCCCAGGGUAGGACUAUUGUUGAUUUCGAUAGGACUUUUAAGGAGGUGCAGAAGAGGGCCACGGCGGGGCCUGAGAGGCUCAUGAGGGACUUUGACGGUCAUAGGGAGGAUGAGGCCCUUGGGGAGGAGCAGGACGUGACCAGACAUACAUGGGACGGGGUGGAAGAGGAUAUCGCUUUUGCGGACAUUGGGGCGCAGUCUCCUAGCAAGGACCGUUUCGGUCGGCUGGGGGCAAUGGUGAAGUCGUGGCAGAUCUCGAAGCGGCUGCGGAGGUAUGCGAAGGGCUUGCAGUAG